ACAUUGAUGGCAGCCAUGGGUUGGGUGAAGGAGUCGCAGAAGAAGAAGAUCAUUAUUGGUGUCUUGGCUGUAUCAACUGUGACUCUAAUCCUUGGUCUUGGACUCGGUCUUGGAUUGGAUUUGCAGAAAUGUCGAAAUAAAGUGGUCCCGCACACGUCCUGCCGAAAUCGAUGCUACGAGCCCUACGAUGGCGAGAUUCCCGGCUGCAGAUGUGAUGAGAGCUGUAUCCUCAGCAACAGCUGCUGCUAUGACUACCAUGACACCUGCACCGUCCCAACCCAGCGGUGGGAAUGCACGAAGCUGCGCUGCGGAGAGCCGAGGAUGACACAGAGCAGAUGUCAGUGCUCCAGCGACUGCCUGUCUGCAGGAGACUGCUGCACAAACUACAAAACUGUCUGCCACGGAGAGACAGAGUGGGUGGAGGAUGAGUGUGAUGACUUGUCAGCCCCCACAUGCCCCGCUCGCUUUAAGCAGCAGCCACUGCUCCUCAUCUCCUUGGACGGACUGAGGGCUGAGUACCUGCAGACGUGGAGAACUCUCAUCCCUGUGCUGGACAAACUCAAGAAGUGUGGAACCUCUGCCCCAUACAUGCAGGCAGCAUUUCCCAGCAAGACUUUCCCCAAUCACUACACCAUUGUUACGGGUCUCUAUCCAGAGUCAAAUGGUUUGAUUGACAACACUAUGUAUGACCCGGUGUUUGAUGCAACCUUCAGUCUGUCCAGUCCAGAGAAAGAGAACCCUGACUGGUACCUCGGACAACCUGUCUGGCACACGGCAAAGUACCAGGGGCUGAAGUCUGGGACUUUUUUCUGGCCAGGAUCAGAUGUCAAAAUCAAUGGCAGUUUCCCGAACAUCUACCGACCCUACAACGGUAAAGUGCCAUUUGAAGAAAGAGCAUUCACCGUGCUGAAGUGGCUGCAGCUACCAGAUGAUGAAAGGCCUGAUUUCUAUACUCUGUAUCUGGAGGAGCCUGAUAAAUCUGGACACAGCUUUGGUCCUGUCAGCGGAGGACUGAUUGAAGCGCUCCAGGGUGUGGAUAAGAUCAUUGGUCAGCUCAUGAAUGGCCUCAAGCAGAUAGGCCUGCACCGUUGUCUCAACAUCAUCAUUGUGGCCGAUCAUGGCAUGGAGGACACGAGCUGCAAUAGGAAGGAGGCACUGCAGGAGCUGGUGGGUGACAUCAGCGACUAUUACGUCACUGAGGGGCCAUUCGGACGGAUCAGAUCCACAAACAAAGACACUGUCUUUGACUCAGCUGGACUUGUUGCUAACAUGACCUGUAAGAAACCAGACCAAAAGAUCAAACCGUACCUGAAGGCCAACCUGCCAAAGCGCCUUCACUUCGCCAACAGCCGUCGAAUCGAAGAUGUCAGCAUCCUGGUUGACCAGAAAUGGCUGUUUGAGAGGUAUCCUGGAUCUCUCACAUUCUGCUCUGGUGGAGCUCACGGCUAUGACAACGAUGUUGAGAGCAUGCACGCGAUGUUUGUCAGUUAUGGACCCAAGUUUCAGUACAAAACAGAAAUUGAACCCUUCUCCAACAUCGAGCUGUACAAUCUCAUGUGUGACGUGCUGCAGAUCUCUCCCACUGACAACAACGGGACCCAUGGCAGUAUGAACCACGUCCUGAGGCAGCCCUACUACACACCAGUGCCACCGGCAGAGCAGAGCAGGCCUGCUCAGUGUCCACUGGUCAGCCUCGACCCUGCAAACAGCCUGGGAUGCUCCUGUCCUGCCCUGAGUGGAAAUGCUAUCAACAGCCGUCUGAAUCUGACUGCAGAAGAGGAGUCCGCUGCAGAGAAGAAGCACUUGCUGUUUGGCCGUCCCCAGAUGCUGCAGCCUAACCAGCGUUACUGCGUCCUCUACCAGGAGGGAUUCAUCAGCGCCUAUAGCGGCGAAGCCCUGAUGCCUCUGUGGAGCUCUUUCACCAUCGACAAACCGAUGAACUUGGACCCGCUGUUGCCGGUGACGCCGGACUGUUUGAGGGCUGAUGUCAGACUUCCGGCAUCCCAGAGUCCUAGAUGUGACCAGUAUGCCACAGCUGGGAACCUGUCACAUGCCUUCCUGUACCCACCUAACCUGAAUACGACAGUGGACCAGCAGUAUGAUGCUCUGCUGACGAGUAAUGUGGUACCAAUGUACCCUGAGUUUAAGAAAAUCUGGUACUACUUCCUCAACACCCUGUUAAUGAAAUAUGCAUCUGUUUACAAUGGCAUAAAUGUGGUGACGGGCCCCGUCUUCGAUUACAACUAUGACGGCCGGUACGACACUCCACAGCAGAUCCAGCAGUUUGUGUCCGGCACCAACAUCUCCAUCCCCACACAUUACUUUGCGGUGCUGACCAGCUGUAGUGACUCGGCCCAACCAGUGACUGCUUGUGUUGGGAAGCUGCAGACUGUGUCCUUCCUGCUGCCUCACAGAGCCAACAAUUCGGAAAGCUGCAAAAGUACAGAAGACGAAUCUUAUUGGGUGGAAGAUCACAUGUGGUUCCAUCAAUCGCGAGUCAGAGACGUUGAGUGGAUCACAGGACUGGACUUUUACCAAGGCAGCAAUCGACCAAUCCCAGAGCUGCUGAGGGUGAAGACCCGACCCACAGCUGCCAUCCACAGAAAACACUAUAAUAAUAAAUUCAUCUCCACCAAAAACAAAUAUACAGUUUAGGAAUGAAAGUGACCACAAAGAUUUAUAUCCAAUAUUUGUAAAAUUCUAUACAAUUUAUUCUUGUCUUGUGUUAUCACUUUGUCAACACGGCAUCUUAUGUCCACCAGAGAGACUUCUUUUUUUAAUUUAUUAACUUUUUAGUUUUUAACCUGAUCAUUUUAUUUGUAUAUUAUUGAAUCUUAUUAUAUUCUUAUUGUCAUGAUUUCUUAAUCUAUUGAUUUUUCAAAACUCUGUAUUUAGGGGCUUAUUUCAUACAAAACCAGAUGGUUUCAUCUCAACAUCUAUUUCAGUUCAUUUGAGCAGAAAAUCAUAAAUACUGCAGUUGAAUUCUUUAUUAAAAAAUAAAAUAAAAAAUUGAAUGACUGAUGAGCACGAAUGGAAUC